AUGUUAUCUGUGCAGCAGGUGUACUUGGGCUUACCACAACCACGCCGUAUGUCCACGCGAAGUAGCUUGUCUAAAACUCGAUGGAGUCGAAUCGAUAGUAGUACACAACGACUGAGUCGAGUGGACGACAGUGAUGUGUGGAAACUGACAGAUCUGGUACGUGUGGACAAGAAAACCAAACAACGUAUCAGCUUCCAGUGCAAAGUGGCCCCGGUAAAACAGAUUCGUUUGAGUACGAACGAGGCAAUGACCAGAACUCGACUGGAUACGAUUGUGCAACAGUGUCCGCUGCUCAAACAACCCACCUGUNNNACCUGUAAACUGUACUGUCUAAAUGACCAAAUCCGCAUGUCACGUAUCAGAGCUCUGAGUGGUGGACCGUAUCAUGAAUCGAUUUUGUAUUCGGAUAUUAAAUAUUGGGUAGCCGGGGUGGAACAACAUCAAAACCUAUUCGGAAUCUAUGUGGAAGACUCGCACCGGGAUCGACGCACAUGUGAAGUCUAUCAGUGCAGUAGUCCGGAUCAUGUGCUACAAAUCACCUACUUGCUCGGUCGUGCUCAACAAAAUCCAGAGAAGUGUUUGAGGCAACAGUCGAGAGCUCUAUCCACUCAGUCUGAUUUGUUACGCAGUCCGGACAGUGACGGCACGGAAUGUCCCAUUAGCAGUUUACCAAGGCUUUCUUUUGACACAAACGAUUUACCCAAAUCAAUCCAGGAACGGAACUCAAUUGACCUCGGUAGCAGAAAAGAAAAUGGUGAAAUGAAAAACGGACAUGUGUCGCGUCACAGUCAGACACAUGAUUCAGUCCCGUCACCAACGAGUCCUCGUCUUUCAUACACAGACAAUGGACAGGAGGUUAAGUCUCCCUUGAAUUCAACAGGAGACAAUGACCAGAAGGAUAGAAAACAUUUUGUAAGCCGAAGCACAGAGUUCUCACCUAUCCCCAUGCAUCUGAAUGGAUUUCAUUCGAACGACCUGGAAUGGGAUCAAUAUGUAACAUAUUUGGAACCCGAUCCAGUGCACGGUGCUCGAAUUACAAAGCAUGGACCGAUCUAUAUGUUUGCUAUGCGUAUUGAAGCGGAUUCGUUGAUGGUUUAA